AUGAUACAAUUGUGUUUCACUACCGCUCAAGCUCAAAUGGAUCGAUAUCAAAAGGAAUUUAAUACUAAAUUAAAACAAUUUAAACUCAAACAACAGUCACUACCAAAUGAUAAAAAAUUCGACAGCAACAUGAUUAAUUUAAUUGAACAACAUUGGAAGAAUAUGAGUGAAGGUGUCAAGUGUGUUUAUAAAUAUAAAUUUGAUUUAGUUCGAUUAAAUUCUGUUCAUAAUUAA